AGAGACAAUGGAAGAGAUGAUAGAGGAGUGAAAGUGAGCUGCAAAUUGUAACCACAUUGGUAUUUUGCAUUAACACUUGUUUCGUUGUCAUCAUCAUUUACUUUUAUAUCUGUGUCAUCGUUGGUCUCAUGCUUUUUAUUUAUCACUUUACUCGGUGAAACGCAAAUUUUGACGCAAAUUUUGCUGAUCACGGCUGGCUCUUGAUCAGUCCUUUGGACGUCAACCUUUUGUGACACUCACUUUUUAUAUUGACACGCUUCCACAGGGAACAAAGUAAAGUGCUUAGAAUAGUUUUAUUGCCUUUUGUAGGUUAUUGUGCUUUUACUUGGUGAUCCACUUACUUGGUGACUUUACCCUCAUCUACCUUCACUUGCUCAUUGCUUGUCCUCCACUCAAUCCAUUGUUAACACUAGCCUUUAACGAGACUUACGAUGCCUGCUUAUGGUUCAGUUGAACCAAACCCAGUUGCCAAGUAUAAAGGACGCUUUAGCAUCACCAACCUUGACCUGAAUGCUGUAAAUGUUGACCCUGGUGGCUACGAGAAUCCCGUCUUUACUGGAGAUGGUUCAGUUCCACCUUCACCUGCACCUUCGGUUCUCUCCAUGUCCAAUCCCGUGGUUCCUCCAAAGAACCGUAAAUCAUCAAUCAUCUUCCCGUCUUACCUUAGACGCAAUGGUAACAUGGACAAUGAUAGUCUAUCAACUCUUCAAACCGAGUCUACCAAUAAUCUUCAUGUGUACACAACUAUUAACCACGAAUCGAUACCAAGGCUUGAAAAUUAUUACCGGGAACUUGGUAUAAGAGGUGCUCGACCCACCAUUGAUGAGCUUCAUGAACCAAUGAAAAGUGACUUAUCCUCAAGUGAAAAUACGUUCAUCAAAAAUGUAUCCAAUGACAAUUCAACUUGGACAACUGUAAUUGAAAGCCCAGCCAAGCCCUCGACUGCUCUUACUGCAGUCAAAUUUGGCUGGUUUGAAGGUGUCUUUGUACGAACCACAGUCAACCUGUUAGGUGUAAUGUUAUUCCUGAGAAUGGGUUGGAUGACUGGAAGAGCGGGAAUCGUUGUUGCACUUUUACAAAUUUUAAUUUCAACGGCAAUAACCUGCUUGACAACCCUUUCAAUGAAUGCUCUUUGCACCAAUGGUGAUAUUGGAGCUGGUGGAAUCUAUUCAAUGAUAUCUCGAAGUCUUGGUCCUGAAGCAGGAGCCAUGAUUGGAAUCAUUUUCGCCUUGACCAAUGCAGCCUUUGUUGGGUUGAACUUGAUUGGUGCUGCUGAAGCUGUUGUCCAAAUAUUUGAUCAUUUCGGUAUUGGCAUCAUUUCAAUUCCACAUUGCGAUAAUGAUGUGAGACUCGUUGGAAUCUUGUUUUUGAUUUUAAUUGCAAUCAUUCCAAUGAUUUCAUUAUCAUUCGAAGCCAAGACGCAAACAUUUUUCCUCAUCAUUUUGGUAAUUUGUAUAUUUGACUAUUUUGUUGGAGCACUUUUACCGCCGAAACUGGAUCAACAGAGAAAAGGUUUUGUCGGAUGGAGCCAUGAAGUUGCCAUGAGUAACAUGUGGCCCAAGUUUGUGCCCGAUGAAGGCUUUUUCACCGUCUUUGGAGUCUUUUUCCCUUCCGUUACACCCAUCUUUACAGGUGCCUGUAUGUCGGGUGACCUUCGUGAUCCGGCCGCCGCCAUUCCUAAAGGAACUUUUCUUUCCAUUUUCUUUACUUCAACAACCUAUGCAGUAUUUAUCGUCAUCUUGGGAUGGACAGUUUCUUCCUUUUCAACUGGAUCCAUGAGCCAAUUUCCUUUUACCAAUAUAACCAACUGUAAUCAAGGCGACUGUCCUUAUGGUUUAAUUUAUGAUUACAAUACAGUUGCACUUUCUUCUGGGUUGACCCAUGUUGGCCUCGAGAUUGAACCCUUUAUCUACAUUGGUAUUCUCGCUGCUUCCCUUUCUUCGGCUUUGGGUUGUUACAUGGCUGCUCCAAGGAUAUUUCAGUCUUUUGCUGAAGACGGCCUCAUUCCCGGUAUUGCCUGGUUUGCCAAGGGUUACGGUCCUUCCAAUGAUCCAAGACGUGGUUAUCUUUUGACUUUUGUUGUGGCCGGUAUCUUCACUUCCAUUGGUAAUCUCAAUCUGAUUGCGCCUUACAUUUCCAACUUUUAUCUGAUCUCAUUUUUUCUGGUCAACAUUACCUGCUUCCAUGCUGCUUGGGUUAAAACUCCUUCCUUUCGACCUGCCUUUAAGUAUUUCAACAAAUGGGUCAGCCUUAUUUCAGCGGCUCUUUGUUUUAUUCUCAUGUUCCUCUUGGACUGGAUUUCGGCCUUAGCAGCGCUUGUUCUCAUGCUCAUCAUUUGGCUUUACAUUUCAAAGACGGAAACCAAAGUCAACUGGGGCACAACUUCGGAAGCUCAACUCUUUAACGUUGCUCAUUCCGCAGCGAUGAAACUCUAUUGGACCGAAGAACACGUUAAAAACUAUCGACCCAACAUUUUGGUUCUUACGGGUAACCCGUCAGCACGUCCAGCCUUGAUUGAUAUGGCAGCCUCAUUGAGUCGAGACUAUGGAAUGCUCUUCCUUGGACACAUCAAAAGAGGUCCCAUUUCAUUCGAGGCCCGAAAAAAAGCCAAUGCUGCGCAAAAGGUUUGGCUUCGAAUGAGAAAAGUAAAAGCGUUUUAUAUUCUGACGGAAGGUGAGAACUUACUCGAUGGCUGUCAACGAAUGAUUCCGACUGUUGGACUUGGAAAAUUGCGUCCCAAUAUUGUGAUGAUGGGCUAUAAAAGUAAUUGGCACGAUAAAGUUAAAGACCCAAAAGAUCUUCAGGAUUAUUUCAAUGUUAUUCACUAUUGCUUGGAUGAACACAUAUCACUGGUCAUCUGUCGAGUUCAAGAAGGUUUCGAUUUUUCAGAGUUUUUUUCUUCCGUUUCAUUGGAAAAGAAGAAACCUUUCGAUGAAACUAUUCGACCUGAAGAUACAAAGUUUGAUUUCAAGUUUGUUCAGAAGAUUGCAGCCACCGAAGAGCAAGAGAAACGUUCAUCAAUCAUUCCAGUUCAAGUUAUUGAUUCAGUAAAUCAAUUUCAAAAGAAUCCAAAGAAAGGAACAAUAGAUAUUUGGUGGCUUUACGAUACAGGUGGAAUCGCCUUGCUUUUAGGUUGGAUUUUGCAGAACACUCGAAACAGUCUUUGGUACGGAUGCAAGAUGAGAGUCUUUUCCGUGACUAGAACAGACAUCGAAACAGCAAAGUCAAACUUGACAGCACUUCUUCUUAAAUUUCGAAUUCCUUUCUCAAAUGUAACUGUCCUUCCCGAUGUUGACGGGCCUCCAUUGGACUCAAGUAAAAUGCAAUUCCGUAAUCUGAUUGAAGAUUGGAUGGAAACUGAAAACGAUGAAAAUGGUAAUCAAAGUAAACCUUCAAUGAAAAUAACCAAAGAAGAAUUGAAUACUUUAAAGGAUUUGACUAAUAGGCAUAUUCGGUUGAGAGAAUUGCUUCUUGAGUACUCCCAGGAUGCCUCCAUGAUAUUUAUGACUUUACCCAUACCUAGGCGGGACUGCACUUCAGCACCCUUGUACAUGGCUUGGUUGGAAAUGUUGACGCAAAAUAUGCCGCCAUUCAUCUUGAUUCGUGGCAAUCAAACUAGCGUUUUAACCUUUUAUUGUUAGAAGUUGCCUUUUUGCCUUCUACAUUUUAAACUUCAUGAAACUUCUCCAUCUCAUCUGCGUUUUUUAAACCAAUCGCAAAAUUCAAUCCAGGACAUCACUUUUUAACUUUUCACUCAAAACUUAUUGUUUUACUUUUUUGUCUUUUCUUAUUUGGCCAACAUUUUCCAUCCAUUUGCGCCUUUUCACAAUUCUUGCUCAUUUGAAGUCCCUGAUAAUGUCGCUAAAAUUGACCUUGACUGGCUUUGGAUUGUCUUAGUUCAAAUGUAUUAUGGAUCAAGGAAAAUACUUGAAACGAAACAUAUUCAAUUCGCAUAUCUCACUUUAUUGCUGUUCCUAAAGUAUAAAUCGCUAUCAAUAAAAUGAAGAGUGUAAUUGUGAAAACAGAGCAUAAAACAAGAAACAAUAUUUUGUAAAAUCCUUUUUAAACAUUUCAUUAUUUAUCAAUUUUCAUGUUUCAAGCUUCCUUUGAUUGACUUCCAAUAAAAAGCAAGCAAUAUUCAAGCAAA